AUGGCUGUUCGUGAUCUUGUUGCUAAACGUCUUAAUCGACAACGUCUUUUAGCAUCCGAUAUCUUUUGUCGUUCAACUGCAUACAAACCAAUUCGAUCAUUGUCAAAUCGAUAUCAGAAUAUCAAUCCAUAUCAUUCUAUUGCACCAAGUGAACUGCCACAUGUUAAUCCUAAUCAAUAUCAAAUACCUUUCUGUUGUAAAAAUUGUCAUAGUCAUGAUUUUUCAUAUUAUAAUGUUUCCGAUCGUCAACCUUCAUAUUUUCCAUUAGCACAAAAAUACCACCGUUUACAAAUUGAUUAUAAUAAAUUUCAUACAUUAAUUAAACGAAAAAAUUUAAAACAACGUUGGAAAAUCUAUGGUUUUAUAUUAAUAUUUUACUUCACAUUAAAAAAUAAAUUACGUUUAGCAAAACAAAAACAUACAUAUUAUCAACAUAAUUAUGAUCGUAUACGUUUUUUAGAAUUAUUAACAGUUAUACAUCGUGUUUAUCUUGAUCCAAAUUCUUCAAUCUAUCAAACACUAUCCAAUGUUAUUAGAAUUUCAAAUAAAUUAUUAAAUCAAACUAAUUUAUUUCAUUGUGUACAAACAAUUCUUGAUCAAAUAACAAAUUUCUUACCUAAAUAUGGUAUUGUAGGUACAAAUAGUGAUGAAUCUGUUCUAAUUUAUUUACUUAAUUGUUCACUUGAACAAUAUCCAUCAACAUAUUUUUGGUCUAUUGAAAAACAUCUUCUAUCUUUAAGUUAUUCAAAAAUGAAAGAAAAUAAACUUUUCUAUAUCGAUCAUUUUACAACGAAAUUUCUUCUUAUAUCCAUAUUUAUAUUUCAUGGUUUAAUUAAAACACUUCUAUUUAAACCCGUUAAAUAUCGUUUAAUACGUGGACAACUUAAUCGUACACAAUGGUUAAAUCUACGUUUAUUAUCAACAUUAAUUCUCUAUAUUGCACGUCAUGCAAUUUUAUAUAAAGAAGAUAAAAAUUCUUUACCUAUGCCAUUUCCAUUUGAAAUGAACAAAUAUUUAAUUGAUGAUGAAGAAUUAACCAAUGAAUUUGAAGAUCUUAUGAAAUUUGUUAAACCUUGGCAUUUAAACUUAGUCUAUGGGCUUGUAAAUAUGCUGAAUGUUUACAGCGUCAUAUAA